CUUUUGGCCUAACUUCUACUUUACUCCAAUCCAUAGUCCAUAUAUACCACCUCAAAACCUGCCUCAACACCUCAGUAGCACUAUUGAGCCAUAGUAUUGUUAAUGCCUUAAACACAUAUCUAUAGCCACAGCAUUAUCCCAAGACUUCAUAGAGAAAACUCACAUGGGGCUAUUCAAACUACUGAUUCCAGCCAUUGUGGCCGGAAUUCUAGCCGGGUUUUCACCGGAAUUCGUUGUGGGUCAGAAUUGCGGGUGUCCAUCCGAUCAAUGUUGUAGUCAGUAUGGAUAUUGUGGUUCCACUGAUGAGUAUUGUGGUAAUGGGUGUAAAGAGGGGCCCUGUAAGAACUCGGCCCCCACGGGUGGUGGCAACAAUGGUGUCGUGGUAUCGAACAUUGUGACCCAAGCAUUCUUUGACGGAAUAAUCAGCCAGGCCGACGGCUCGUGUGCUGGGAAACAGUUCUACACGCGCGAUGCGUUCCUUAAUGCACUUGGUUCGUACUCUGGCUUUGGCACUACCGGGAGCACUGAUGAUUCGAAGAGGGAGAUUGCCGCUUUUUUUGCACAUGUGACACAUGAGACCGGACAUUUUUGUUACAUCGAGGAAAUCGACGGUGCAUCAAAGGACUACUGUGACGAGUCGAACACCCAGUAUCGUUGCAACCCGGACAAGAAGUACUUCGGGCGUGGUCCCCUCCAAUUGUCAUGGAAUUACAACUAUGGGCCUGCUGGAAACAGCAUCGGGUUUGACGGGCUCAACGAUCCAGAGACCGUAGCGAACAAUGCAGUAACGUCUUUCAAGGCUGCAUUGUGGUUUUGGAUGAACAACGUUCACUCCGCAAUAACGAGUGGACAAGGCUUCGGGGCCACGAUACGUGCCAUCAACGGUGCUCUUGAGUGCAACGGUGGCCCGGGUUCUGCAGCCGUACAGACCCGGGUUGGCUACUACCAGAACUAUUGCCAGCAACUGGGAGUGGCCCCUGGGGAUAACCUCACUUGUUACAUGGGUGUUUCCAAACUCUUGAUUCCGAUCAUGUUGGUGGGAGUUUUCGCGGCCUUCUGGCCGGAUUAUGUUGUCGGUCAGAACUGCGGAUGUGCUUCUAACCUUUGCUGCAGCCGCUGGGGUUUCUGCGGGACCGGUGACGAUUACUGUGGUGCAGGAUGCCAGGAAGGUCCUUGUAAUGCCCCCGCGCCUAGCAAUGGUGCAGUGGUUGCGGACAUAGCGACCCAGUCGUUCUUCGAUGGCAUAAUUGGUCAGGCAGAGGCCUCGUGCGUGGGCAAGGGGUUCUACACACGCGAUGCCUUCCUUACUGCACUUGGGAAUUACCCAGGGUUCGGCACGGUCGGCAGCCUCGACGACUCGAAGCGAGAGGUCGCGGCCUUCUUCGCACAUGUGACACACGAGACUGGACAUUUCUGCUACAUCGAGGAGAUCAACGGGGAGUCCGGCGAUUACUGCGACGAGACGAACACACAGUAUCCAUGCAACCCCGACAAGAAGUACUUCGGUCGCGGGCCGAUCCAGUUGUCGUGGAACUUCAAUUACGGACCUGCAGGUGAGAGCAUAGGCUUCGAUGGCCUCAAUGCACCUGAGACCGUAGCGACAGACGUCGUGAUCUCUUUCAGGACCGCACUAUGGUACUGGAUGAACCACGUGCACUCCGGAUUCAUCGCGGGCCAAGGGUUUGGGGCCACGAUAAGGGCCAUAAACGGAGCGCUCGAGUGCGAUGGGGGGCCCGGGUCGGCAGCUGUUGCGAGGCGUGUGAGCUACUACCAGAGCUACUGUGAGCAAUUAGGGGUGGCUCCUGGGGAUAAUCUGACUUGUUAA